CAUCCUGUGUCUGCUUACUUAUUUCAGUUGGUUUUCAUCAGCACCAAAUGAGGAAAGAUGCUCUGGGAACUGUAUGUAUUUGUGUUUGCUGCCUCAGUUAUUUUUAAUUUUGUAGGAAUCAUUGCAAAUCUGUUUAUUAUAGUGAUAAUUUAUAAGACUUGGGUCAAAAGUCACAGAAUCGCCUCUCCAGAUAGGAUCCUGUUCAGCUUGGCCAUCACGAGAUUCCUGACUCUGGGGUUGUUUCUACUGAACAGUGUCUACAUUGCUACAAAUACUGGAAGGUCAGUCUACUUUUCCACAUUUUUUCUAUUGUGUUGGAAGUUUCUGGAUGCAAACAGUCUCUGGUUAGUGACCUUUCUGAACAGCUUGUAUUGUGUGAAGAUUACUAAUUUCCAACACCCAGUGUUUCUUCUGUUGAAACGGACUAUCUCUACGAAGACCACCAGCCUGCUGCUGGCCUGUAUUCUGAUUUCAGCCUUCACCACUCUCCUAUAUUAUAUGCUCUCAAAGAUAUCACGUUUUUCUGAACACAUAAUUGGGAGAAAUGACACAUCAUUUGACCUCAGUGAUGGCAUCUCGUCGUUAGUAGCCUCUUUGGUCCUGAGCUCACUUUUACAGUUUAUGCUCAAUGUGACUUUUGCAUCCUUGUUAAUACAUUCCUUGAGAAGACAUAUACAGAAGAUGCAGAGAAACAUGACCAGCUUUUGGAAUCCCCAGACGGAGGCUCACAUGGGUGCUAUGAGGCUGAUGAUCUGUUUCCUUGUGCUCUAUAUUCCAUAUUCAAUUGCUGCCCUGCUCUUCCUUCCUUCCUAUAUGAGGAAGAAUCUGAGAGCCCGAGCCAUUUGCAUGAUUAUUACUGCUGCUUACCCUCCAGGACAUUCUGUCCUCCUCAUUAUCACACAUCAUAAACUGAAAGCUAAAGCAAAGAAGAUUUUCUGUUUCUACAAAUAGCGGAGCUGCAUUAGUAAUUGACAGCAUCAAUUCACGGUUUGGUUGCACU